AUGGCAUCUUCUUCUUCUUCUUCUGCUUUGUCACGCACCUGGAGAUACCGCGUCUUCACGAGCUUCCACGGCCCCGACGUCCGCAAAUCCUUUCUCAGUCAUUUACGCAAACAGUUCAUCUGCAAUGGGAUUUCGAUGUUCGACGACCAAGGAAUCGAGAGAAGCCACACGAUUAAACCCGAACUCACACGAGCGAUUAAGGAAUCGAGGAUCUCGAUCGUUGUGCUCUCCAAAUACUAUGCUUCUUCAGGAUGGUGUUUGGAUGAACUGUUGGAGAUUAUUAAGUGCAAGGAAGAUAAGGGACAAAUAGUGAUGACGAUCUUCUACGGAGUCGAUCCCUCUGAUGUGCGGAAACAAACCGGAGAGUUUGGGAUCGCUUUCAACAAAACUUGUGCUGGCAAAACGGAGGAGGAGAGGCGGAGAUGGAGCCAAGCUUUGACCGUCGUUGGCAACAUCGCCGGAGAACACUUGCUAAACUGGGACAACGAAGCGGAAAUGAUUGACAAGAUUGCAAAAGAUGUUUUAGGUCUACUAAAUGUCACACCGUCUAGAGAUUUUGAUGGCAUGGUUGGACUUGAGGCUCAUUUGAGGGAAAUGAUGUCUUUGCUAGAUUUAGAUAAUGAGGAUGAAGCUAUGAUAGUUGGAAUCUGGGGCCCUGCAGGGAUUGGUAAGAGCAUCAUUGCUAGAGCUUUGCAUAGUCGAUUCUCUGGUAGCUUUCACCUGAGUUUCUUUGUGGACAAGCUUAGGGGAAGCUUUCACAGAGGUCUUGACGACUAUGGUCAGCAGCUACGCUUACAAGAAGAGUUUUUGAACCAAAAUGGUAUGAGGAGGAUACGCCAUUUAGGUGCAGUGAAAGAGAAUCUGUGCGACCAGAAAGUUCUUAUCAUUCUUGAUGAUGUGAACAAUCUGAAGCAGUUAGAGGCGUUGGCUAAUGAGACUACAAGGUUUGGUCCUGGAAGUAGGAUUGUAGUGACCACAGAAAACCAAGAACUUUUGCAGCAACAUGGUAUCCACAAUAGAUACCACGUGCGGUUUCCAUCCAGAAAAGAAGCUGUUGAGAUCUUACAUUCAUAUGCUUUUAAACAAAGCUCUCCUCUUUACGGUUUUAACAAGUUUUGUGAAAGGAUAGCAGAGCUUUGUGGUAAGCUGCCAUUGGCUCUGCGUGUGGUGGGUUCGACUCUACGUGGGAAGAAACAGGACGAAUGGGAAGAUGUGAUGAACAGGCUGGAAACUAUUCUUGAUCGAGAGAUCGAGGACGUGCUAAGAGUGGGCUAUGAAGGUUUAGAGGAGAAUGAGCAAACGUUGUUUCUCCACAUUGCAGUCUUCUUCAACUAUGGAAAUGGUGAUCUUGUGAAAGCCAUGUUCGCUGACGGUAACUUGGAUGUGAGACGCGGGUUAAAGAUCCUAGUCAAUAGAUCUCUCAUAGAGAUGUCUACAAAUGGCAAAACAAUAGAGAUGCACAGAUUGCUAAAGCAAAUGGCGAGACAAGCCAUUCGUAAACAAGAUCCUAGGAAACGCCAAAUCUUAAUGGAUGCUCAGGAGAUUUGUCAUGGUACUAGUGCUGUAUCCGGUAUAUUAUUUGAUACAUCAGGAAUCAAUGAAGUAUCUAUAGGCAAGAAAGCUUUUAAAAGAAUGUCUAACCUUCGGUUCCUCAGAGUCUACAAAGGCAGAUAUGAUGGGAUUGAUGGAAUGUUUAUACCAGAGGAGAUUGAGUUUCCGCGUCAACUAAGAUUAGUACACUGGGAUGCAUACCCAAGCAGGAGUCUUCCUCAUACAUUUCAUCCGGAAAAUCUUGUCAUCCUCUGCAUGCAAAAUAGCCAGCUCGAGUACCUCUGGCAAGGGACCCAGCGGCUUACAAAUCUCAAGAAGAUGGAUUUGGGGAGGUCUGUUCAUUUGAAAGAAUUCCCGGAUCUUUCAAAUGCUACAAAUCUGGAGAGACUGGACCUUAGUGGCUGCGAGAGUUUGAUAGAGAUCCCAUCCUCUUUUUCGCAUCUUCAGAAACUUAAGUAUUUGUAUAUGGUGAACUGCAGAAACAUACAAGUCACUCCCCCUGACCUGAACUUGCCAUCCCUAGAAAUCAUCGAGCUGCAAAGGUGCUCAAGGUUGAGAAUUUUUCUAUUCAUUUCAGCGAAAGUCAGAGAUGUGGAUUUAUCAGAAACAUCGUUUGAAGAAGUGCCUCCAUCAGUUAGCCUUUGCUCUGGUCUUGGAACGCUCAAUAUAAGCUGUGGAAAACUCAAGGGAUUAACACAUCUCCCCACGAGUUUAUGGUGUCUAGACCUAAGCUAUUCUGAUAUUGAAAAGAUUCCAGAUUGCAUCAAAGCUCUUCAUCGACUAAAAGGCCUUUCUCUAACUGGCUGCAGAAGACUCGCAUCGUUGCCAGAGCUCCCUCGCUCACUCAACUACCUAAGGGGUAGAGAUUGUGAAUCGUUGGAGACAGUAUUUUGCCCUUUGAAUCUCACUCGAAUUGCCGAACUCGAAUUCACCAACUGUUUCAAAUUGGGCCAACAAGCACGAAGGGAAAUCAUCCAACGUUCUUUAUAUGGAUAUGCUAUCUUACCGGGAAGUCAAGUACCAGCAAAUUUUAAUCACAGAGGCAGAGGAAAUUCAUUGACCAUUAUAAUUCCAGUUGGUAACAAUCCAUCUAGAUUGAAGCUUUGCGUUGUGGUGUCACCCAACCAUCAAACCUGGAAGUAUAGAAGAUAUCCACAAAAGUUAUUGUGCCGUCGAAAACCCGAUAUCGACGAUAAGGUCUACGAAAGAUCACUUUACUUUUUCGGUAGUCGAACGGAACAUUUAAUUAUAUUUGAUUCGUUCUUGCCAUUUAUCGACCCCUCUGAAGUGAGCAGAGAGAUAGUGUUGGAAUUCAGUAUCAUACCCCAAGAAAACAUUAUUGAAUGCGGUGCCUACAUCUGGACUGACGAACCAAUCGAAGAAAGCUAUCCAUCUGAAGUAGACCAAGUGUUUGAAGGCAACCAUGAUAUCACCUCUAUUGGGAGCUAUGAGUUUGAACACAGCAAAGCCUCUGAAGAUGACACCGAAUCCGGAGACCGCACAAAUGGAGUAACAAUCUAUGAAUCAAAAGAAGAAGAGAAGCUCCAAGGCGAAGAACACACAGGUUGUUGGACUUGGCUCUUCCUCUGCUUCGAUCUCUCUGGUUUUGUGAGAGACAUCAGGAGCUUAGUUUCGGGAAGAAGGCGAUAG